GAUCUUCCCUAAGCCGCAGUCAACGCUUUUGCCGUGAGCAGUGUCAGUGAGGGAGUGUACGGAGCUAACACUUCAUCAGUGUGUUGCAGAGAAACAGGGAGAGGGAGGUAACGUUUCUGCAAUUGGAAAACACCUCCCUCCAUUUGGAAUCAGUGCAGGCUGAUCCCCAACUUGGAUAUAAAACUGAAGCAGAAACAGGGCGGUUCAAAAAGCAUCCCCCCCCUCCCUUCAGAUCCCGCAUAACAGCAGAACGGCAGCUACCUUUCAAUCGGUAGAAAGGAGACAGCAGAAUCAUAUUCGCUUGGCUCAACCCUGCAGGACAGGACGGGACAAGGAAGCGAGCUGUGGCUGAAGUAAUUUCAUGCUGAAUCCACAACAUUGAUGAGAUGAUGGUGUAACUGAGUAAUUUGUCCAAUCUUUAUAGACACAUGAUGAAGUAGAGUAGAUCUGUGUGUGCUGCCUCUCAGACUGACAAUGGGGGUUCUAUUGUCCAAGAAGCAGACGGUCGAGCAGGUGCAGAAGGCCAGUGUGGUGGUGUCGGCCUUCAAAGACGGGCUGAAGGACAAGGGAUCAACCAGGAAUCGGGCUGAGCUGAUCCGGAGAAAGCCGGAGGUCGAGGCGAGCAGUCAAGAUCAGGACAAGGAGGUGGCUGGAGGAUCGGAGCCCAAGACACAGGAGGCAAAGAGGAAUCAGGCAGCUUGGGAGAGGCUGAGAGAUGGCAAAGGAGUCGAGCCCGAGGAGCUGGAGUGGAAUGAGCGGGCUACUCCACCUGCUUUCAUUCGGCCCAAGAGACAGCUUGGAGAUGAUGAGUCGGUUGAUAUUAACCUGCAUGAGAAAGAUGAGGUAGUCAAUGACGAAAUGUGCGACGUCUGUGAGGUCUGGACAGCGGAUCACCUUUAUCCCUGUAGGAUCUGCACCCGGGUCUUUCAUGAUGGCUGCCUGCGACGCAUGGCCUGCCUAAGCCCCAGCAGCAUCCAGGAGCUGAAGGAAUUGGCCCACACUACGGUGGGCUGGAGCUGCCAAUACUGUGAUAAUGUGAACCUGCUGCUGACUGAUGAGGAGAUGUUUAGUUUGAAGGAAGUUUUCCGACAAUGCAGGAUCAUCCCAGAGUCCUGCCUGACACUAGAUGAUUUUCUGCAUUACAAACACUACAUUCACAAGCAGAUCUUCGAUGAACAGAUGAACGAGGAGAAGGAGGAAUUAGUUGUGUUGCAGUUUUCUGCUCUGGAUGGUGAUAAGAAGGGCCAGGUGGAGUGGACAGAUUUCUUGUAUCACGAGUCAUUACUGGUGCUGCAGAGAUUCCGGUCUGAGAACUCAUUGCUGAGACUGCUGACAGCCAAGGAGCAUGGACGAGCUCGGAGCUGCUUCCUGAGCCUGGAUCAGAACCAAACUGGCUUAAUCACUGGGACUGAGUGUAGGAGAGCACAGAAUUCUUGGUUCUGCAAAAAUUCCAAGGAGUCGCAAUCCUGCAAUGUCAGCGUCAGUCACGUUGGGCCCAUCUCUGAAAGCAGCCCUGCCAGCCGAGGGCGUGGGAGGCCACAGGAGAAGACCCUUCUCAGUCGGGAGCAGGAGGACAACAGGCGUGUAGAAUGGAAAACAUUCCUGAGGGAAAAUGUGAUCUACAUCCUCGCUGCUCGGCCCAACAGUGCCGCCAUACAUCUCCGGCCUGCCAUCUAACACCACGAAGACAGGGCCAUUGGCAGACAGCCUGUUGUUCAUCCUCCCCACCCCAAAUACUCACCUAUUAUCUAGCUCCUCCCUACCCCCUCGCCACCUUCUCCCAACACCAGCCCUCAACCCCACUCUUCACUCCCACCCCUCUCAACCUCAUUCCCCAUUUUCCCACCCCCUCCCUGUCCCACUCCCCAACCCCCUCUGUACACCCACCCAAACCCAGUCCCCACCUCCUCAACCUCCCAGAUUGGAGAUUAGCAAAAAAACCGAGUGACAGGUCUGCACUGUCUUGUCGACACCUGUUCCUCACCCUCCCAAAGUGUCCCUGAAUUGAAUUCACCCGAAUGUUCGGUCCUCUGUAAUUCAUGUACAUAAAGACAGCUUGGGCAGUCUGAUAGACCAACAUGUGAGAUAAAGGUCUGCAACUCCCAACAUGCUGUUUGGAAACGGAGAAGUAUGCCCUUUGGCUGAGCUUAAAUAUUCACUAAUCCACUGCAGGAUAUCGCUCUCCCAUGUAGUCAGCCAUCAUAUUAGUAUAUUUAUCGAUGAAAACCACCUGAUAAGCAAAGUCCCAAUCGCUGUGUUCCUCCAGGUGCACUCUCCCCCCAUCACUGACUUUACCCCCUCCCAUUUAAUCCCUCACCCACAUCCCUGUGUACACUCUUGCCCUGUCAUCACUGACUCUACCCACCCAUUUAAUCCCCCCCUCCCACAUCACUGACUCUAACCCCCCAUUUAUUCCCCUUCCCACACUCUCACCCCAUCACUGAUUUGUAAGGAACGUUCUUUAAUAUUCUCUGUGAUAAUUAUCUGUCACAAGUCAUGCAGUUUAUGUGAGUUCAGCACCACUGACCUCUAGCUGAAUAGUUUAUGCUAAUGACAUUUUCUGAGUCAAGCAGCGAGACUGUGACUCUGUGAAGAAUGAUGAACAGUUACAGAGGAGCCUGAAGUAAAUGAGAACUCAGUUGUUAGGGUGUUGGACAUAAUCCUAUCUUGGCUAUGUUCAGAAGACCGAAGGGGAUAUGUAUGUGAUUGGGAAUUGGGUUUGAUAGUGACAGAUGGAAUUCAGUAUAAGAGGACCACAAUGGUCCUGUGCUUGUGACUACCAUGGAAGGCUUUGGAAGGACAGAGGGUGAUGGCUAGGGUGGAGCAGGAUAUGGAUAGCAGGAUGUCGGGUUAUUGGAAUCUUAAAAAUGGAACAGUUGAGAUUGAGACUUAAUCUCAUGCAACAUAGAAUAUAAAAGCAAAGUGGUAAUUCUGUUGAUAUCAAAGUUCAUUUGGAAUACUGGGUGCUGUAAUGAAUUCCACAAGUGGGAAGCAUCUCAAAUAUUUGGAGAACUGUAUGAGAUGGGAGGACAAACAUGAAGGACUCUGCGGCAACAGUGAGCUGGCAAUAUCCUGGGUUCUGAAAGGGUAGAGGCAGAGUUGGUGGUAUUGUAGGGAUUGAAGAAGGCAGUGCAUUGGUAUCGUGGUUUUGUGGAACUUAAAUGUUGUUUCCAAGGAGGACAGUGAAAUGCUGAAGGUCGUAAGCACACACUGAAUGGAGAAACGUUUGACCGUGAAUGAGAAAGUGUUUUGCUGAUUAAUUUUCUCUGUUGUGGAAUAUAAUGUGGGAAAAUAUGAGGUUGUGCACGUUGGCAGGAAGACUAGAGGAGAUGAAUAUUAUUUAAGUGGAGAAAGACUGCAGUAAGCUAUAGCACAGAGGGAUUUGGGGGAUCCUUCUGCAUAAAUCACAAAAAUUUAGCAUCUA